AUGCUGAAGAACAUGGGAACGGCAGCCAAAACAGUUCAUCUCCAUAUAAUCAAUAGAACAUACACAGAACGCAGUAGACCCACACAAUGGAACCAACAAAAUACACAGCCGAUUCCCAAGCCCAAAGAACCCAACUCCUACAGACCCAUCUCUCAUCAGUUGCACAGAAAAGACUGCAGAGGGAGAAUGGUGCUAAACAGACUGCUAUUGAAAACAGGACCUCUACACCAUCGCCUAUAUGCCUACAAAGAGGGCAUAGGCACACAAGAAUGCCUAGCAGAUGUCAUGUCCACAAUCAACGAAAGGAAAGCAAUAGUAGUUUUUCUGGACUUAGAAAAAGCUUAUGAGCUAGCCAGUGCAGCUGCCAUCCUUGAAGCCUUGGCUGACAAGGCGGUAAAGGGCAACCUUUUAGCAUGGGCCAAAGGAUGCACGCAAAACAGACAGGCUAGAGUCACCUUCCAAGGAGCAAGCUCGGACUUUCUCAGUCUAGAGAAUGGAACACCUCAAGGAGGCAUACUCAGCCCCUUCCUUUUCAAACGUUUUUAA